AUUGACGCCCUCUUCUUCGCUUCCGUUUACGCUAAUCGUAAGUGGACACGUCUACCGGCUAACUUCAGAUAAAACCGCUGCGGUGUUUGUGUGUGUGGUGUGUGAAUGAAUGUGUUGACAUGAAAUACUUAAUACUUUUCCUAUUUUUAAUAUUUAUUACAUUCCAAACGCCCAGUUGCAAGGCGAAAGUUAACAAGAAUGUUGUGGUUGAAAACGUUGUAGAUGUUAAGGACUUUAAAAAAUUAAUUCGCACAAAAACUAAUGUGCUCGUUUGCUUCUACAAUUCCUACAAACAGUCGCAAAAUGUCAUCAAAGUUUUCAAGGAAGUUGCUGAGAACAUUAAGGGAGUUGGAACGAUGGUUCUUGUUGACUGCUCAGGGGAAGCCAAGAAAAUGUGUAAGAAACUUAAAGUACCAAGUGAUCCAUUCACAUUAAAACAUUACAAGGAAGGAGAGUUCUACAAGGACUAUGAUCGAAGGUACACAGUCAGUUCUAUGACUAAUUUCAUGAGAGAUCCUACUGGUGACAUACCAUGGGAAGAGGACUCCACUGCAAAUAAUGUUGUACAUGUUCCAGACACUAAUACAUUAACUAAACUGAUAAGGAGGGAAUCAAAACCAUUAAUGAUAAUGUUUUAUGCUCCAUGGUGUGGAUAUUGUAAGACGUUGAAACCAGAAUACGCACAAGCCGCCGACGAUUUAAAAGAUCACUCAAUUUUGGCCGCUAUAGAUGUGAACCGACCCGAAAAUUCGGGCGUCAGAAUGCAGUACAACAUCACCGGAUUCCCCACAUUGUUAUAUUUUGAAAAUGGAGUACAAAAAUACGUGUACGAAGGAGAGAACAAACGCAACGCUCUUGUUGAGUACAUGAAAAAUCCAACACCUCCAACGCCGAAACCCCGUGAACCCGCGUGGUCCGAAACCGAAAGUGACGUUGUGCAUCUGACCGCCACCACCUUCGACCAAAAACUGAAAGAGGAAGAAUCGGUCCUUGUUAUGUUCUACGCACCAUGGUGCGGCCACUGCAAGAAAAUGAAGCCCGAAUACGAGGCGGCAGCCGCCAAAAUGAAAAAAGAAAACAUUUCUGGAAUACUGGCAGCAGUGGAUGCGACCAAAGAAAGUGCGGUCGCCUCCAGGUUCUCCGUACGUGGUUACCCCACCAUCCUGUAUUUCGCCCAGGGCGAGAAGAAGUUCGACUUGAACUUACGGGAGGCGAUGAAGAUCGUCGACUUCAUGCGUGAUCCCAAAGAGCCGCCACCGCCUCCGCCGCCGGAAAAGCCCUGGUCGGACGAGGACAGCGACGUCGUGCACCUCGGUGAAGGCGACUUCAAGCAGUUUCUCAAAAAGAAGAAGCAUGUUUUGGUCAUAUUCUACGCCCCGUGGUGUGGGCAUUGCAAGAGGGCCAAACCGGAAUUUACGAAAGCGGCCGCCGCAUUCAGGGACGACCCUAAGGUGGAAUUCGCCGCUGUUGACUGCACCACUCAAGCGGCCGUUUGUAGCGCCAACGACGUCAAGGGUUACCCCACAAUUAAAUAUUUCAAUUACUACAAAAACUCGAGAUUGUAUACGGGUGGUAGAUUGGAAAUGGAUUUCGUGAGUUUCAUGAGGGAACCGGACAGCGUAGCCACAUCUUCACCUCCGACGCCAACAGGAGGUGGCGAUUGGUUUAGGGGUUCACCAAUUGUACACUUAACUGACAGUAACUUCACGCCCGAAAUUAGGAAACAAAAAGCGUUGUUAGUCAUGUUCUACGCUCCUUGGUGCGGACAUUGCAAAAGACUUAAACCGGAUUACUUGUCGGCCGCCGCCGACUUGGAGAAAGAGGGCUACGUCAAUUGCAUGGGUGCCCUCGAUUGUACAACGAAUCCACAAACAGCAGAUGCGUACAAAAUCGACGGUUUUCCAACGAUAAAAUUGUUCAAAAACGGCAGAUACGUUAAAGAUUACAAAGGCAAACGUGAUAUACCAAACCUCAAAGCUUUUGUCAAAAGCAACAUACAUAAAGAUGAACUUUAAUAUUUUUUUAACAAUACUUACACAGCAAUACUUAAUGAUGAAUGUUCCAGUGAGACUAUCACCUAUGAAAUAAAUAUACUCAACUUUAAAACGAAGUGUAUCAGUAUUUAAAACUGCAGGCCAACGGGGCUCCAUGCUGAGAGAAAUAUUACAUAUAUUCAUUGUGAUGAAUCUCAUUUUUUACAUGUACAAUUAAUUUAUUUACCUCAAGAAAAAUAAAA